CGCUAACAUAACCAACACCGGCUACUCGCCUGACUUUCCCUUUCUUUUCCUGUUGUCCAACCACACUUACUUUUCUUCUCUUUCUUUCUCUUUAUCUAUCACUCAUUUUUUUUACACACAACGUCCUUUCUGUUAUGCCUCCAAUCUUCUCGAGCGAUAGGCUUCCUACAAAAGAGCAUUAUUUCAAAAUCAAACGACUCCUUAACCCUGAUAAGAACAGUCGCGGGAUCAUUUAUCACCGAGGUGCCGACAUAGAGCUACGAGAUGAUACCGACGUUGAACUCGACUUUCGAAACGAAAGCAACUUUGUCUACUUGACUGGUGUGGAAGAAGCAGGUUUCCACGUCGUCAUUGAUCUCUUCACAGACCUCGUCUACUUGAUUCCACCAACCGUCCCUGACAAUGAAGUACUAUGGUCCGGUGCACCGGACAAUGCAGCCGCUCUACUGCAAAAAUACGACGCGGACGCAAUUGUUUCUGAAGCUGAUUUACCGGGCUUGUUGAUGCAAAUCGAUCCAAAUGUCAUUCACAUCUUGGACACGACCGACACCACUGCGCUCUGUGAAGCUGGGGUGGAUUUUGAUAGGCUAGAGUUUACAGCAUUAAAGAUAGCCAUGCAUGAAGCACGACUGACUAAGUUUCCGUGGGAGAUUGAAUUGGUUCGAUACGCUUGCCAUAUCUCUUCUCAUGCACAUAUCGCGCUUAUGCAGCAUGUCAAGCCCCGCCAAAUGGAAAGGGAGUUGGAAGCCCGUUUUCGCUGGGAAUGUGCGCGCAAUGGAAUGCAUAGGCAGUGCUACUUACCCAUCGUUGCUUCAGGCCCUCGUGCAGCAACACUUCACUACACUAAAAACAACCAAAUCAUCCCAUCAGGUCCGCACAGUUUGGUACUCGUGGAUGCGGGUGGUGAACGCCGCUGUUAUGGAAGUGACGUAACUCGCACGUUUCCUUCUUCCGGUACUUUCAGUCCUGAAGCUAAAACUAUUUACGAGAUUGUGUUAAAAGCACAAGAGGCUGUUCUAGAAAAGCUGAAACCAGGUGUCUUGUGGACGGAUAUGCAUCAACUAGUGGUACGUAUUUUAAGCCACGAGCUUGUGCGAAUUGGUAUCCUUGUCAAUGCAGAUCCAGAAGAACUGGUCGAAAUGGGUGUUAUUCGUGCUUUUUAUUUCCAUGGUACUGGUCACUCUGUUGGUUUGGAUGUCCACGAUGUUGGCGGACGUGGUGCUGGCAUUUUAUCAUGCAAUUCAUCAGCCAAGAAUGGAAAAUCAUCAACGUCGUCGUCAGUUAGCAAGCAACAGUUGCUCACAAAACCACUUGAGGAGCAUAUGGUUAUAACCGUUGAACCAGGUUUAUACUUCAACGAAACAAGUCUGGCCAUGUGGACUAAGGUGCCUUAUUUGCGUAAAUAUUUCAAUAUGGAUCGGAUCGAGCAGUAUCGACCAGUUGGAGGUGUGAGGAUUGAAGAUACUGUGCUCAUCACAUCCGACGGUAUUGAAAACUUGACAAUUGCACCGAAAACUGUCAAGGAUAUUGAAGCAGUGAUGGCUCUCGAUAGGCAACACUGAUGAUAUAGGCGUCAAAAAGAAUAAAAAAUUAUACCAUUUAUAUCUACACAAAAAAAUCAGUUAGCUUCAACAAGUAUUAAUAUAGUUUUUAUUCAAUAGUUGAUCUUUUGACUCGUCUGUAGCUAUGAUACAUCUAGUAAAGCAAAUACAGACGCCACAAAAAAAAG